CUCGAUCUGCUCUUUCUUGACCGUCUAGAUAAACACCACCCUUCUCAUUCCCUCAAACCCUAGCACUCUCUCCUUCUCCUCUUUCUUGCUCUCUUCACAGUUUAACGCCAUAACCCUUCAAUGGCUUCUCGGAGGCUUCUGGCCUCAAUCCUUCGAUCAUCCUCCCAACGGGGUGGCUCCGUCUCCAGAUCCGCCGUUGCCAACUCCCUAACCAGGCCUAGGCCAACUACACGAUCCUCCCCUGCCGGAUUUCUCCUCAACCGGCUCGCUCGUUACUCUACUUCCGCCGCCGCCCCUGCCGAUAAGCCGGCUUCAAAACCCGCCGGUAAUGAGCCCACCGGGAAGAUCACCGAUGAGUUCACUGGCGCCGGCUCUAUCGGGCAGGUCUGCCAGGUUAUUGGAGCCGUUGUUGAUGUUAGGUUUGAUGAGGGGCUGCCCCCUAUCCUCACGGCGCUUGAGGUGCUUGACAACCAGAUCCGCCUUGUUCUCGAGGUGGCUCAGCACUUGGGUGAGAACAUGGUUAGGACCAUCGCCAUGGACGGUACUGAAGGGCUCGUGCGAGGUCAACGUGUGCUCAAUACCGGUUCUCCCAUCACUGUUCCUGUUGGUAGGGCCACUCUUGGGCGUAUCAUCAAUGUCAUUGGGGAGGCCAUUGAUGAGAAGGGUGAAUUAAAAACUGAUCACUACCUUCCAAUUCAUCGUGAAGCUCCUGCUUUUGUUGAGCAAGCUACAGAACAACAAAUUCUUGUUACUGGCAUCAAGGUGGUAGAUCUUCUUGCUCCAUACCAAAGAGGAGGAAAAAUUGGACUGUUCGGUGGUGCUGGUGUAGGGAAGACAGUUCUUAUCAUGGAACUGAUCAACAAUGUUGCAAAAGCACAUGGUGGUUUCUCUGUCUUUGCUGGUGUUGGUGAACGUACUAGAGAGGGUAAUGAUUUGUACAGAGAAAUGGUUGAAAGUGGUGUCAUUAAGCUGGGUGAUAAGCAAGCUGAGAGCAAAUGUGCUCUUGUAUAUGGACAAAUGAAUGAGCCCCCUGGUGCUCGUGCCCGUGUUGGGCUCACUGGAUUGACAGUUGCCGAACACUUCAGAGAUGCUGAGGGUCAGGAUGUGCUUCUUUUCAUUGACAACAUUUUCAGGUUCACCCAGGCCAACUCAGAAGUGUCUGCUUUGCUUGGGCGUAUCCCAUCUGCUGUGGGUUAUCAACCAACUCUGGCUACUGAUCUUGGAGGCCUUCAAGAAAGAAUUACCACCACAAAGAAAGGUUCCAUUACAUCAGUCCAAGCUAUUUAUGUGCCUGCUGAUGACUUGACAGAUCCAGCUCCUGCAACAACCUUUGCUCACUUGGAUGCCACAACUGUGUUGUCCCGUCAGAUUUCUGAGCUUGGUAUAUAUCCUGCUGUCGAUCCACUUGAUUCAACAUCUAGAAUGCUUUCCCCUCACAUUUUGGGGGAGGAUCACUACAACACUGCUCGUGGAGUACAGAAAGUUUUGCAGAACUACAAGAAUCUCCAAGAUAUUAUUGCCAUUUUGGGUAUGGAUGAGCUCAGUGAAGAUGACAAGUUGACUGUUGCCCGUGCACGUAAGAUCCAAAGGUUCUUGAGCCAGCCUUUCCAUGUUGCUGAAGUUUUCACUGGUGCCCCUGGAAAGUAUGUUGAGUUGAAGGAGAGUAUUAACAGCUUCCAGGGUGUCUUGGAUGGCAAGUACGAUGACCUUCCCGAGCAGUCAUUUUACAUGGUUGGUGGAAUCGAUGAGGUCAUUGCAAAGGCAGAGAAGAUUGCCAAGGAAUCUGCUGCAUAGAGAAGACAAUUGCAAGUUUCCUUUCGUGCUUUCACCAAUAACUGCAAAAAUAAGUCAAUGCCAAACACCAGGAGAUCGAACUCUCCUCCGUUCAUGGGUCCGAGUGGUCCAAAAUUUUCUGUUUUUGUUUAACAUGUAUUGCGGGAUUGAGAAAUAGAGAAAUGGAGAGGCCGGAGCCACAGGCGGCCUCCUUGAUAAUCCACCACCCUUCCCCCCUUUCACCCUUCCACCCCUGGGUAUGUUGUGAUUUCACAUAGUAAGGGGUGAACAGGCAUAUCUGUACAUUAGUUAUGAUUCUUAUUUAAAAUUGUUGCAUUGCCAAAUUAUGAAAUUAUUGCGGGUUUUUUUUUACAUGUCA